GGGAACUAGAAAUGAAAGAGAUGCAGCAUAGUUUUCCGUACAUUCACAAGGUGGGAGUUCCCCGAAAGCAAACCUUUUUGAAGGAGUUAAAGGCCACUGUGCAAGAGACAUUCUUUGCUGAUGAUCCUCUACGUCCAUUCAAAGACCAACCUAAGUCCAGGAAAUUCAUCCUUGGUUUGCAAGCUAUCUUCCCAUUUUUGAAUGGGCUCAACUUUAGAGGGGAUCUCAUUGCUGGAUUAACCAUCGCAAGUCUCUGUAUUCCUCAGGACAUUGGGUAUGCAAAGCUUGCAAAUUUAGAUCCCCAAUAUGGAUUGUACAACCUGUUUGACUCCAGCUUUGUUCCACCAUUGAUAUAUGCCUUCAUGGGUAGUUCGAGGGAUAUAGCUAUAGGUCCUGUGGCAGUUGUGUCUCUUCUCUUGGGGACUUUGCUCACAAAAGAGAUUGAUCCUACUCAAAAUGCAGCUGAAUAUCUCCGGCUUGUAUUUACAGCUACUUUUUUCGCUGGAAUUACUCAAGCCACCCUUGGGUUUCUCAGAUUGGGCUUUUUAAUUGACUUCUUAUCACACGCCGCUGUUGUUGGUUUUAUGGCUGGAGCUGCCAUUACAAUUGCUCUGCAACAACUUAAAGGUUUUCUUGGCAUAGAAGAUUUCACAAAGAAAACUGAUGUUGUUUCCGUGAUGCGGUCAGUAUUUGAUUCUAUCCACCAUGGAUGGAACUGGCAGACUAUAGUAAUUGGAGCAACCUUUUUAGCUUUCCUUCUGUUUACCAAGUACAUUGGGAAGAAGAACAAACGGCUUUUCUGGUUACCGGCUAUUGCACCACUUAUCUCUGUUGUCUUGUCCACGUUUUUUGUGUACAUAACACGUGCAGAUAAGCAAGGUGUUCAAAUAGUAAAGCAUAUAAAGAAAGGAAUCAAUCCUCCUUCUGUUGAUAAAAUAUAUUUUGAUGGUGAUAAUCUGCAAAAGGGUUUUAAAAUAGGAGUUGUGGCUGGAAGCUGUAGCAAUAGGAAGAACAUUUGCUUCCAUGAAGGACUAUCAGCUAGAUGGAAACAAAGAAAUGGUUGCCAAACUGCUGUUUCCAACAUUGUGAUGUCAUGUGUUGUAUUUCUAACCUUGGAAUUCAUCACUCCACUAUUUAAGUACACCCCAAAUGCCAUUCUUUCCUCCAUCAUUAUAUCUGCUGUCAUCGGCCUAAUUGACUUUGAAGCAGCUAUUUUGAUAUGGAAGACUGAUAAACUAGACUUCAUUGCAUGCCUGGGGGCAUUUUUUGGCGUGGUCUUUGUUUCUGUUGAAAUUGGGCUCUUAAUUGCGGUCUCAAUAUCUUUUGCUAAAAUCCUUCUACAAGUCACGAGGCCACGGAUUGCAAUUCUUGGUAGGGUCCCUAGGACAAAUGUCUAUAGGAACAUCCAGCAAUACCCAGAAGCAACUAAGGUUCCGGGUAUUUUGAUUGUGAGAGUUGAUUCUGCAAUCUACUUUUCAAACUCCAACUAUGUCAGGGAAAGGAUAUUGAGAUGGCUAAGUGAUGAGGAAGACUUGGUGAAAAAAGCAUGUCAACCAAAGAUUCAGUUUUUGAUCAUAGAGAUGUCACCCAUUGCUGAUAUUGACACCACAGGCAUUCAUGCCUUGCAAGAGCUACAUAAUAAUCUUCGAAAGAGGGAUUUGCAGUUCCCGAGCCUGAUUGGCGAGGACAAGAUCUUCCUCACCGUAGCAGACGCUGUUGCAACAUGUUCAACGAAACGUGCAGAAGAGGUGGUGGUGGGUAGGUCCGUCCACGUGGUGGCUGGUGGGGCUUGUGACAGUAGGGAGAUGGCGAUAUUGUUGGAUCAGAAAAGAAAUGUGAAAUUUAAU